AGUUUUUUUUUAAAGCGCCUAAAAUACUGACCUAAACCACAAUGGGGUCUACAAUAGGAUUAUCUUUUUUCAUUUUGUUGUGCUUAGACGUGCUGACCGGCGCCACCCAACAUUGCAUCUCCCGGCUACUGAGUUGCGCCAAGUUCAUGGCGAGAGGUUUCAUCGCUGACCAACAGGACCUGUGCAAAGUAGCCAGUGAGUUCUACGGCUGUAUCGAGAUGGGCUGUAACUCCAGCCUGACCCCCUGUGAGAUGGCACGUGCCAGGAACGAGAUGCUGACCCACUUCAAAGUCUGCGAAUCUCACAUCAGUGCCAUGGAUCAGACCUGCUCCGGCAUAAACUCCAGUUCAUCAUCUGUUUACACCAGAACAGAAUCGGUGUGCCUGUUGGUCCUUAUUUCCUUCGCUGUGUUACACAUAUGUGCCAAACUUUCUUCAAGACAUUAAUAAGACAACUGUGUCGCUUGAUGUAACAUUUAACAUGAUAUACAUGAAAGAUAUGCUAGUUUGUAUUAAGACGAAUGUGGAGUAAUUUGCUUUUGGCUUUGGCAAUACU